CCCGCCCGCUCCCCUCCCACAGAUCGCAUCGCCGCCCCCAAAUCCACCCUACCCUCAGAACCCUAGAACCGGAGGAAGCAAGAAGAAGACCCAGAAGAAGACGCGCAGGUACCUAUACAUUCUGCCCUCCGGAUCUCCAGAACGCCGGCGGGGAGAGACCCCGCGGCCGCCGCCCUGGCCGCGCGCGGUUCUCCCCGGCGGCAACCAAUCUGGCGGAAGAUGUCGCCCGUGGUGGAGGUGAAGCGGUGGCAGAUCCGCUGGGGUCGACGAUCCGCUUCCGCGACGUCCUGGUGGCGCGGGAUAGGCCCACGCCGCGCCGGCCACCACCGGGAUCUGCCACGGUGUGGGCUGACGCGGGGCCUUUCCCCUCCGCCGGCAAUCAGUCGGGCGGAAGAUCGACUACGUUGGCGGAAGGCUUCGGCCAUGUCCUGGUGGCGUCGGCUGGGCACGCGGCGCGCCGGCCAGCACACGGAAAUGCACCAAAUGACCAUCACCAAACGGUGUCAUCUGCUGCCUCCUCCCCUCCUUCUUCGAUGUAUUAUCAAGAUCGUCUGCAUUAAGUCAUCGCUAACCUCUUUCUGCUCCAAUUUGCAGGUAAUAUUGAAGAUUGCGAUGGAUUUACCAAUGUUCUGGUCCAGGAUGCAGCCACACUUGGACUAUGCAGUGCCUAAGGGCCAUGUCGGGCGUGGUUGCACAAAAACCCCUUGCCUUUCUCCCCAGGCAAAGAGGGUAGUAUUCAGGAUUACUAGUCAUCUGCUUCAGAAGCUCGAAAAAGUUUGUUUUGUUAGGCUGGAGGCUGAGAAUAUAUUAGUUGACCCCAAAACAGAGGAGGUAUACAUAUCUGACUCAACUCAGGAGGCUCCUGUCAAGACCCAGGCUGGGGUGAACUCAAAUAUCAAUCAGCUCGGACAUAUCCUCGAGGAGUUGAUUAAGACUAAGAAGCUGCCAGCACAUCUGACAUUCCCUGACUUCAAAAUGCCUGCUGAGAUUCAGCAUCUGCUGGAUCUAAUGCAGUCAACCAACCCACUCAGGAUGAGCUUGGUGAUCAAGUACCACAGUUCCAUGGUCCCAAUGGGCCUGAGGGGUAGCUUGUACUUGCUGGUCCAUCAGUGGCUGAUGGAUCACGUAAGGGUUGCUGAUUACCGGGCCUUUGAUGAUGUCUUGGCUGGCAUUGACCCCACAGAGGGUGAUUGGGUCUGCAAAUUGAAAGAAGGAAAUCGAUAUCUUUUCGCCUUCUACAGCAGGGGACUGAGGAAGGGCAGCUACGAUGCGCGGAAGGAUGAAAGCGCACCUAUCUUGCACCCGCUCGACUUCAAUCGGAAUGUGCACUCGCACACGUUCGAAGGGUGUGCAUCGAGAGCAACAGGCCCACGCUUCAGUAAAAAAGACAUGAAUUUGGCCCUGUACUUCAUCUUCGGGACUCAGCUAGCUUCGCUGAUGGUUGCUCUGCAUGCCAGAGGUUACCUCUGCCACCUUGAGAAGGACAUUGCGGACUUUUUCCCUUACUGAUGUCCAACUCUCUUGGACAGGCAUGGCCUCUGUGGUUAUACGUUGUACAAAUAUAUGCAUACGAUUGUGGAAGUGUAGGCGUGAUUAUACUUGUAGAAAUACACAUCUGACUGAUCAUACGGUUAUGAAGUAUUAACUGGGUUGUGAA